CCUUCUUAUUAUUCUUUGUUUUUAUUACAGAUGGUCAAGGUGGGGCCUGAAUUUGCCCUGCUUAUUAUUCUUUGUUUUUAUUACAGAUGGUCAAGGUGGGGCCUGAAUUUGCCCUGCUUAUUAUUCUUUGUUUUUAUUACAGAUGGUCAAGGUGGGGCCUGAAUUUGUCCUGCUUAUUAUUCUUUGUUUUUAUUACAGAUGGUCAAGGUGGGGCCUGAAUUUGCCCUGCUUAUUAUUCUUUGUUUUUAUUACAGAUGGUCAAGGUGGGGCCUGAAUUUGCCAAGAAACUUCCCAAGUUUUUGCGACAUGAGGACAUUCCUACAGAUACGUUUACACCACGUACUUAUCAGGUGGAGCUGCUGGACUCAGCACUUCAUCAGAACACGAUCGUGUGUUUGGGAAGUAGCUCAGGGAAGGCUUUCAUUGCCCUCUUAGUUAUCAAAGAGUUGGCUCAUCAUGUCAGACCAACACCCAAAGAUGGAGGGAAGCGUACUUUGUAUGUUUCUGUAUCAGAAGUGGCAGCAGAAAACCAGUUUCUUAUUCUUCAGCAUCACACCGAUCUCACGGUGGGCAAAUACACCAUUGACGACAACAUUGAGAGCUGGCUACCCGACAAAUGGCAGCAGGAGAUGGGGUCCCACCAGGUUCUGAUCAUGACGGCAGACGCGUGCCAGUUCGCCCUAGAGAACCACCACCUCUCCCUGUCUGACAUUAGCCUCCUCAUCAUUGAUGACUGUCACUAUGCAGUUGAUAACCACUCGUACAUCCAUAUCAUGAAAUACACCGAGCAGUGUACAAACCCACCUCAGAUACUAGGCUUGACCACUUCCAUACUUAGCAGUCGGUGCCACGAUCCUCAUUUACUCAGAAACACCAUCACAUCGCUAGAGACAACGUUACAUUCCAGAGCAGAGACAUCCAUGUUGGUCACCUCGGAAAGGUAUGGCUCCAGGCCUAAAGAAUUUGUCUAUGAAUGCAAGAGCAGAGAAGAUUCAACCGGCCUUGUCUCGAAAAUUGGUACCAUCAUAGAAAAUGCUAUUUACUUCUUGCAUGACUGCAAGAUCGACUAUGAAGCAGAAACCCGCAGAGACCCCAGGAGGAUACCUGAAAAUGCUUUGUGCGAGUGUCACAAUAUUCUGUACAGACUGGGUCCAUGGUGUGCUGCACGGAUUGCCGAAAUGCUUGUCACACAGCUAGAGAAGAUAGACAAAAAUGAAUCCAUCACUUUGCAUAAACGCUUUCUACGAUACGGUGCUAGUCAAAUGCGCUUGAUUACUAGCGUGUUUGAACAGAACUUUACUCCAGAUUACGACGUUGACCAGCUGCUUGAAUAUACCACUCCUAAAGUUAGUCAGCUCAUACGUCUGCUUCGAAAAUACAAACCAGAACUCGAUUUUAUGAUUAUUAGCAAUGACGACAUGGAAAUGUCCGAUGAUUCAGACAUGUCUGAUGACGACUCCAUGGAUCUGUCUGAUUCUGAUGACGAUUAUGAUAAAUCAACCCGACCAUCUAAACAAAUCCAUAUUGCUGUGAAAAGAGGUAAUAUUACCAACACCGAAAAUAACCUGUCUAACAUUUUUGUCGAAGAAGAAAAGCAUCUUGUAGGUGUUGUGUUUGUUGAACAGCGAUACGUUGCAUUUGCUCUUAACAAAAUGAUCGAAGAGGUGUGUGCAUGGGACGAGAACUUGUGUUUCCUUCGUAGCAGCCAUGUUACAAAUCAGCGUGGUAGAAGCCGCGUGGUGCGAAAAGAAACAGGGAAAUCGUACAGAAAGCAGGAAGAAGUGCUGAGAAAGUUUCGCAUGCAGGAUCUCAAUCUUUUGGUCUCCACUAAUGUCCUCGAGGAAGGAGUUGAUAUCCCAAAGUGCAAUCUUGUCGUCCGAUUUGAUCCACCUCGAGAUUACAAAUCUUACACACUUUCUAAGGGUAGAGCACGAGCAAGGGCAGCAGAAUAUGUUAUUCUGAUAGAUGAAGAUAAGAAAAAAACAUUUUCGGAAGAGCUUGCUAUAUUCAAGGGAAUUGAGGAGGUACUCAUUGGCAUUGGUCGAGGCAUCAAAGACCAGACCGAAGUGGAAGAGGAACUUGACCCAGUAUCUGUCGUAAAUCUUCUACCUCCGUAUCUUACAAAGACAGAGUUUGGGUCACCUCAGGUCACUAUGUUGUCAGCUAUUGGUUUAGUUAAUAGAUAUUGUGCUAAACUACCAAGUGAUGCGUUCACUCAUCUAACUCCGCACUGCAUGGUUUCCCAGCUUCCUGACUCUGUACCUCCACUGUACCAUGCUUCUCUUCGCCUGCCAGUCAAUUCUCCAAUCAAAGAAGAAAUUCUUGGACCUGCUAUGCCUUCAAAGAAGCUAUCAAAAAUGGCUGUUGCUCUCAAAAUGUGUGAGAUUCUUCAUAAAGCAGGCGAGCUGGAUGACAACUUGAUGCCGGUUGGUAAGGAGAUGUUCAUGUACGAGGAGGAUGAAGAGUGGGAUGACGAAGAAGAUCUGCCUGGUCAGGCUCGACCUGGGACAACAAAGAGGAAGCAGUAUUACUUUAAAAAGUCUGCAGAUGCGUUUAUCAACAGCCACCUGAAAGCUGAUGAACCGUGUUACCUUUAUCACAUCUACAUGGAACUGACUGGUCCCAUCACUGAUGAGCAGAACACUCGAGGACGCAGAAUCUAUGCACCAGAAAAGACCACACAAUCUUUUGGAAUUUUUACUACAAAACCAAUACCAAAUGUGCCUACAUUCCCAGUGUACACACGGUCAGGGAAGGUCACGGUUUCUAUCCAGCUGUUGAAGGACGAUGCUCGGAUUGGCCAGGCCGACCUGGACAAGGUCAGGUUGUUCCACCAGUUUGUCUUCAACAGCGUUCUGCAUCUAGAGAAAGAUCCCAUGGAGUUCUCACCAGAUUCCUCCGACGUUGGCUACCUCUUGGUUCCUCUCAACACAGCAUUUUCAUCUGAGACACCCAUUGAAUGGGAUUUCAUUGACCUGGUGAAAACCUCAUUGAAAACAAAUGUAGACAAGAAAACUGCCCGCGAAACAAAAAAAGAAAUAUUCCAGUUCAAGCAGGAAGAUUUUAGUGAUGCUGUUGUGAUGCCGUCAUACAGGAAUAUAGACCAGCCCCAGCACUUCUAUGUAGCAGAAAUAUGUCAUGAUCUGAGUCCUUUGAGUCCAUUCCCCUCACCAGAACUGUACAAGACCUUCAACGAAUAUUACACCACAAAAUAUGGCUUGAGUAUUACCAAUACCGAACAGCCAUUACUAGACGUGGAUCAUACAUCAGCAAGGCUUAAUCUUCUGACACCACGUUAUAUGAAUCAAAAAGGUGUGGCCCUGCCGACCAGCAGUGCAGAGACCAAGCGAGCUAGACGGGAAAAUCUUCAGCAGAAACAGAUCCUGGUGCCUGAGCUUUGUGACAUCCAUGUCUUCCCAGCAUCACUUUGGAGAAAGGCUGUCUGCCUUCCUGCUGUCUUGUAUAGACUCAAUUACCUUCUCCUGGCAGAGGAGAUAAGAAAGAGAAUUGCAAAGGAAACUGGGAUCGGGAUUGUGGAUCUGCCUGAAGGAUUUACAUUUCCUCAGCUUGACUUCGGCUUUGAAACUAGUCCCGAGAAGCUAAAGGUGGAAAAUGCAGCUGAAUCUGAAGGUAAAGCUUCAGUGAUCUCAGAAAGUCCAUGCUCAAGUGUUAGUGAUCUCCACACUUCUAGUCAAGUUACUGAAUGCAAAGCGGAUAAUCAACUUGCAUCUGAUGCAGAAAGCCAGAACAGUCCGUGUGAAACGGCAGCAGACAAAGUAGUAAUAACAGUAAGAAAAUCGUCUGACGACAAAGGAGAUUUAUCUUCCGACAGCGACUCUGGUAUAAUAUCUAAUGCCUCGGAUUCCAGUUGUUUCGAUACCGGAGACAGUGGUAAACCUGAUGGUCAAAAUAAUAACAUACGGUGCUCAAACUCCAGCAGUGAAACCAACACGGUCCCAUCAGAUGGGCCUGUUGUGGGAACUGAAGUAAAACCAGAAUCUCAUGAAGACACCUGCUUCAAGCAGCAUCUGCUCAAGACCUCUGAAUGCUCCGCCCUUCCUGAUCAUACUGCUCCCUAUCAAGAUAUGCAAAAUGAUCUCCAUCUUGAUGCAACCAGUCCUGAUGUGGCUUCAACCUGCUCAGAAAUGUGUCAUGAUGUGAAACACCUGCCUCACAAUAAUAAUAUCCAAACCGAUGUCAAUUUUGUUUGUCUCUGUGAUGUUCACUCUUGUAAUUCCGACACGUUAGUGCCAUCUACUGUUGCAGCGACUUCCAGUAACUGUGAACACAACUCUGAAUCUGUUAAGUCAGAAUGGUUGCAAAGUUCAUCUCUGACCAAUAAUGAAAACCCAAGUGCCAUAAUUCAUCAUGACGAACACAGUUCAACUGAUCAUUGGAAAGAAUCUGAUACUUCAUCUUCUGUCGCUGGUGUGGAUGGAUCUCAGGAUCCAAGCACAGUGGAGGCACACAGAACAGCUGAUACUCAGGUCUUUGGUGAGAAUAAUGAUUCUGCUUCAAAAUCAGAUAAAGAUUCAGGAACCAACAAGUCAGCAGAUGACUUGACCAACUGUGAUACAAAGCCACAAGUCUUUCAGUCUAAUGCACAUAAUCUAAACCAAGACACCGAUUUUGGGAUGUGGGGUGACUCGGGUGUCACAAACAAAAAGAAGAAAACGGUUGAAAAAACAGAUGAAGAAGAAGUUUAUACAAUACCAAACAUUCUUAUGGAUGAGGAUCGCGAUCUCAGUACUUUUGUCGGACCAACCCCUUGCCUCCUGCUUCAGGCUCUUACCAUGUCAAACGCUAAUGAUUUCUUUAGUUUAGAGAGACUUGAGACCAUUGGUGACUCGUUUCUAAAGUAUGCCAUCACUGUAUACCUCUAUUGUACAUACCCUGGCAUCCACGAAGGUAAGUUGAGCUACCUACGUAGUAAACAGGUCAGUAACUAUAACCUCUAUAGACUUGGACGCAAGAGUUACUUGGCUGAGUGCAUGGUUUCUUCCAAGUUUGAGCCUUACGAAAACUGGCUUCCACCAUGCUAUGUGAUCAAUGAACAGAAAAGGAGAGGACCGGUACCCAAGGUUCUCAUUGCCAAUUUAGGAUACAAAACUGACAGACAUUUAUCCAAUUUUGUAUUCGAAGAUGCAUACGAAGAAGUAACUAUAAACUCAAAGAAAACUGUAGAUGCACAUAUUCCAUGUGAUAAUGCAAAAUUAGGGCAGUCGGGUAAAACUAACAGUGCUUCUGAACAACAUUCCACUGUCGAAACACUUGACGAAAAGCUGCAAAGGCUGAAAUUUGAGGAAGAAGUGGAAGAAAUUGAUAAAAUUCAACAGGAGGAAAAGAUUGAUGACUUGGUCGACGUUGCCCAGUGUCUGAUCCCAUACAGUCUGCAGACACAGCAUGGCAUUCCAGACAAAAGUGUUGCCGAUUGUGUGGAGGCCCUCAUCGGGUGCUACCUCACCACCUGCGGCAAAAAGGCUGCACUACUUUUCAUGUCGUGGCUCGGCCUGAAAGUUCUUUCCAAGAAAGCAAAAGCAGAUCCACUCAAGAAGCAUGAAGGACAACAGGUGAGUGAAUUUGAGUUUGAGGAGCUGAAAUGUCCCCAGUCCCCGCUGUUGCGAAAUGUGUCGAGCACACUCAGCAUGUUGAAUCACCUGCUGGAUGGGUACGAGGUGUUUGAGCAGAAGAUCCACUACACAUUCAAUGACCGCUCCUACCUACUGCAGGCCUUCACACACGCCUCUUACCACUAUAACACAAUCACAGACUGUUACCAGAGGUUAGAGUUUCUUGGUGAUGCUAUUUUGGAUUACGUGAUAACAAGACAUUUGUACGAGGACUCUGAGAAGUACUCUCCCGGAAUCCUCACAGAUCUCAGGUCGGCCCUCGUCAACAACAACAUCUUCGCAGCUCUAGCUGUCAAGUGGGACUUCCACAAAUAUUUCAAGUCCAUCUCACCUGCCUUGUUUCACGUCAUUGAAAAAUUUGUUGCGAGACAGAAAGAAAAAGAAGAUGAAAUUGAUAUUGAGGAAGAGUUCAAGGAACAGGAAGAUGAUGACGAAGAAAUUGAGGAAGUUGAGCUGGAAAUUCCAAAAGCUCUUGGCGAUAUCUUUGAGUCGGUUGCUGGUGCCAUCUACUUGGACAGUGGCAUGUCCCUGGACACUGUGUGGCGAGUUUACUACGGGAUCAUGCAGCCACAAAUAGAGAAGUACUUGAAGAGUAUCCCCAAGUCGCCGGUGCGUGAACUCCUGGAGAUGGAACCGGAGACUGCCAAGUUUGAGAAACCGGAGAGAACGAUGGAAGGAAAGAUCCGUGUUACAGUCAACGUGGUGGGCAAGGGAGUUUUCAGUGGUAUAGGGCGCAACUAUAGAAUUGCCAAAAGUGCUGCUGCCAAGAAAGCAUUGAGAAUGAUUCACACUAUGCAGCAACAAGGAUUAGUGUAGCGGAUUAACGGUGGCCAUUUCACAUGAGAGUUCUGCAGUCGUGUUCUGCCGUUAGUGUAAUACGAGUGGUUUGCCAUUAGUGUUCUGCGGGCUUGUUCUACCAUUAGUGUAAUAUGCGUGUUCUGCAGUUAGUGUUAUAUGCGUGGUCUGCUUGCUGUUGUUAUUUACUUGCUUCCACUAGUCAUCUCUUUGUGUAGCUACAUUUAAUUUCUUGGUGCCAAGUUAUUGUAGCUUAUGUUUUUAUGUCAUUUUGUAAUCAUUUGUUUUAUUUUAUUUUUUGACUUUUUAUUCAGUUAAUAAUCAUCUUGAAAUUUUAGCUGGUAAUUUUUUUCUUUUUAUUAUUAUUUUUUUUUUUUUUAUUAUUUUUUUUUUCAUUUUAGUGUUGGCAUUAGCAGGGCUGAGAACCUUCUGUGGAUUUUGUCCUACUCCAGAUUGGUAUCAUGAAUCACCUGAUAGGAUGAACUAUUUGUGUUAUGGGAGUGGAGGCUAUUUUUUUUAAUACCCAGUCGAGCAUUUGUCAUAUUUCCUGACACAAAAAAACCAUACUGGAAUUACUUAGUAAAACGUUUUAGAUAGCUAGAAGCUCUUAAGUUCAAUGUGGUCUAGUGACGUUGGACAGUAGAAAACAUGAUAUAAUGCAAAAUGCAUUUUAAUAAGCUGGCUGAUGACCGAAUAACUAAUCUGUGAUAGCAAUAUAUUUUAUGUUUACUAGUAAGUGACUUAUUAACGAGGGUCAUCUGUCAGUGUCGGCCAUUGCUUUCAGUGAUAGUUAAACUAAUUAUUGAAGGAAAACAACAGAAACUCCUAAAGAUGUUAAAACUAAAACUUUUUUUUGUAGUCAUGGCUGAAAAAUCUGACACUGAGUGUGAUUAUAUGUAAAAUCGUGGACCUGAUAACUGUUGGGAGUGCACAACAAAAUGAGAAAAACAUACAGAAAAUGUUGUGUUACCCUAAUAAGUAUUUACGAUAACGGUGAAUUACAAACUCAAACAUCUUGUUUAGUCAAAUAUGUGUUACUGUGCCUAUACCCCUUUUACAGCCUUUUGUCAUAUUCUGUGAAGUAUUUUCAUUGGUAAAAAUGUUUUUAUCUCAUUUCACAGUUGUAAUUCCCAUCCUUCCUGGCAUUGUGCUGCAUUAGCAUCAAAUUAAUCAUGACAUUACUCUUGUUUUUCAAUUUCGGAAGAUGUAUUAUGCAACAUUUGUCAAAAACCUGUAAGUUUGUGAAUUUUCCUAACUAACGCUAUUUCAUGUGAUCUUUUCUUACAUCUUUCUUUAUGCAUGUUUUCUUGUGAAUGUGUUGAGGUGAUAAAAAUCUAGGUCAGCAUUUGUCACUUGUGUUUUGUGUACUUUGUAGAAUAUUAAAUUAACCUGACUAUUAACUAGAUGAAUAGAUGAAAAUGCUGAUUAGGAUUUCUUCAUUUGGAGUAAUGCAGUUGAAAUAUAUUUGAAGCAAUAGUUAUCAACUCAGACAGUGAGCCCCUUCCUCCCCUUUUCCUUUGUGCCCAGUGACAAUUGUUCAUUCACAGAUGGAUAGAAAGACUAAAAGAAUCCAUAUGUGUCCAUGUCAGACAGGGCUAUUCCACCCGAGGGUACAUAUAUUAUAUAUAUUAUGUUACCGAGGGUGGAAUAGCC